UGUCAGGUUUUUAUUAAGAAAUUAUUAUACAUCAUGUAUCACAAACUUAAGAUACAGACACUUUAACCUUUAAUUUAAAGCAACAAAAUGAAAUCCACUGAUGCUUUUAAUUGUAUGUAGACAUGCUUUUUUGGCAGCAGUUCAGGGAGGGACAGUUAUUAUGCAACUCAGUGGUUAAGUAAAGACAAGGUCACAGUGCAGAGUCAUAGUAUUCAGUCAGACGGGCGCUUUGCAAGCCUUUGCACAGAAACAUGGCUGUGCGGCUGUUUGAGGGUAAGAAGCAUGCAGCUGCUUACCUGCAGUACAGAGUGUCACCCACUGAACUCAUCAACACAAUUAUGAACUACAUGGAGAAGAAGACGCUGAAACAUUUCAACCUUGCAGUGGAUGUGGGCUGCGGUUCAGGGCAAGGGACAGUCCUGCUGGCUCCAUACUUUACUAAGGUGGUUGGAACAGACAUCAGUCCCGCUCAGCUGGAGAUGGCACCGGCCAAGAGCAACCCUCCAAAUGUCUCGUACAGACAGAGCCCCGCUGAGGAGCUGCCCUUUGCAUCUGGAGAGGUGGACCUUGUGGCAGCCAUGACAGCAGCUCACUGGUUUGACCGCCAGCAGUUCCUCCAGGAGGCCGACAGGGUGCUGAGGCCUGGAGGCUGCCUGGCCCUCGUGAGCUACACCAUGGACAUGGAGCUGGAGUACAGGGACGUCUCCAACAGACUGAAUGACAUCUGUAAAGAGGUCUAAAUAAAACUUUAUGCUGCCCUGCUUCCUUUCCGAGACCCCUAUCUAGGAUCAAGCUCUGUGAAGAUCUAUUUAGACAUGUUUGACUCCUGCUCCUACCCAGACAAAGAGUGGAAUGAGUGCAUAUUCGUAAAGAGAACCUUGCCACUGAAUGGAUAUAUUGGCAUGGUAGAGACCUUCUCCAGCUACCAGAAACUGCAAAAAAAGGACCCUGCUGAGGCUGAACGUCUCUCUAAUGACAUCAGGAACAAGUUGCUGUCUACCAUGAAGGUGUCCUCUCCUGACACAGAAGUGACACUGGUUGUGAAGUAUUUCUACUGGCUAGCGUGCAAACCUUGAUCAGUCUGACUGUUUGAAUUCUCCACAAGCUUUUUGGCACAUAACCAAUUAAAACAAACCAGUGUCUACUUGUGA